GACGCCGUCUCCGCGGUAACAAGGUGACCCAACAUGCUCGCCGACGGUGCGACGCUGUUGUCUGCCCGCCCCCUGGAUGCUGCUCAACCCCAAGGCGGUGGCGGCUGGUGAGAGCGGCGGUGGAUGGUGGGCGUGCGGGCGUCUCCCCGGCAUGGUGUGGACACGGGCGUGGCGGCGCUGGCAGCGAUGGGCGUGCGUGGGCGUGGGUGUAGUGGUCGGCGCCUGGCUGCUGCUGGCGGCACCUUGUGGCCUGCUGGCAUGUCCGCCCCGAGAGACGGCCGAGGCUCGCUCCGGCGCUGUGAGCGGCGCCGCCACAGCUGAGCUGGAUACGGCGCGCCUCCUGUGCACGUACCUGUCGUCCGUGCCGCAAGGGCGGCAGCGGGAGGCCAAGGGCUCGCCGCAGCUGGGCGACAGCGGUCCCUACAGCGUCAUGUAUGACUGGAUGGCCGCCACGCGCUCCUACGCCGCCAACGAGUCGGUGACGUACACGACGCACACGACGCCGGAGAUGGUGAACCACGUGUCCGAGCUGGCCACCCGCUGGUCCGGGCCGCUCUCGGUUGCCGUCUUCGUGCCACACUCGGACUUCUGCCUCGCCGCCGUCCGCAUCGCGCGCUUACGACUCUGCGGCCCGCCGGAGGUGCGAGAGAAAGUGUCAUGGCACCUGUUCUGGCCGCGCGACGUUCCCCCCGCGGCCGACUGGCACCUCGUGGUGGACGAGACGCUUCUGGACUGCGCGGGGGCCGACGAGGCCCUGGCUGUGCGCGGAUACCGGGCGCGAGAGGUCAUGGCGUACCCGGUGAACGUGGCCCGCAACGUGGCACGGACUGCCGCGCCGACCUGGUUCGUCCUGCCCUCCGACGUGGAGCUGUACCCGUCGGCCGACCUCGCGCAGCAGUUCGUGGCGAUGAUGGCGCGGGUCGGGGCGGGCCAGGACAAGAAGGUGGGCGGCGCCUGGCCGAGGGUGUUCGUGGUGCCCGUGUUCGAAGUGGCGUCGGUGGUGCCCGAAAACAAGGAGGAGCUCGUACGCCAGUACCAGCGCAGCGACGCCGUCUACUUCCACCGCCACGUGUGUGCGCACUGCGGUCCUGCAUCAUGCUGA